AUCUGCUCGCCGUUUGUUUCCUGCAGCCUGAGUGGAGCGGCGUCGAGUCCGACUGGAAAGACAGAGCAUCAUCUCCUCCACAAAAACACCCCGUACAAUGAAACUAUUAGCAAUAUCUUUCUCUCUUGAGAUCAGCUUCGUCACUGUUAUUCUGCUGGUGAUGGGCCUCUCUACUCCAGGGCAAGCAGAAAUCACCAGUCUGGACUCGGGCAACAUUGAUGAUAUCCUAAAUAAUGCUGGGGUGGCAUUAGUGAAUUUUUAUGCUGACUGGUGCCGAUUCAGUCAGAUGCUCCAUCCGAUUUUUGAAGAAGCAUCAAAUAUAGUGAGGGAGGAGUUCCCCGAUAUUAAACAGGUGGUGUUUGCUCGCGUCGAUUGUGACCAGCAUUCGGACAUAGCUCAGCGCUACCGCAUCACCAAAUAUCCAACGCUGAAGUUGUUCCGCAAUGGGAUGAUGAUGAAGAGGGAGUACAGGGGUCAGAGGUCGGUCACGGCAAUCGCUGACUUCAUUCGACAGCAGCAGGUCGAUCCAGUGAAAGAGAUGCACUCCAUGGAGGAGGUCAUUACGCUGGAUAGGAGUAAAAGAAAUAUCAUUGGUUACUUUGAGAAGAAGGACUCUGAUAACUAUCACACGUAUGAAAAAGUUGCUAACAUCCUUCGAGAUGACUGCACAUUCUUAGCUUCUUUUGGUGCUGCAUCAGAGUCCGAGCGCUUUAGUGGAGACAACGUGAUCUACAAACCUGCAGGGGAAAAUAUUCCUGACAUGGUCUAUCUCGGCUCCAUCACCAACUUUGACCUGACGUAUGCCUGGGCGCAGGACAAAUGUGUGCCUCUUGUUAGAGAGAUCACCUUUGAAAAUGGAGAGGAGCUGACUGAAGAAGGACUUCCUUUCCUGAUUUUAUUCCACAUAAAAGAAGACACAGAGAGCUUAGAGAAGUUCCAACAUGAAGUAGCUCGCCAGCUCAUCAGUGAAAAAGGUUCCAUAAACUUCCUCCAUGCGGACUGUGAUAAGUUCAGACAUCCUCUGCUCCAUAUUCAGAAAACUCCCGCUGACUGUCCCGUCAUUGCCAUAGACUCUUUCAGACACAUGUACGUCUUCCCGGACUUCAAAGACCUCAACAUUCCUGGUAAGCUGAGACAGUUUGUUUUGGAUCUUCACUCCGGUAAGCUUCACAGAGAGUUCCAUCACGGUCCUGAUCCCACAGACACCACGCCUGGACAGGAGGAGACAGGCAGGGAAGUAGCCAGCAACCCUCCAGAGAGCUCGUUCCAGAAGCUGGCACCCAGUGAGACUCGCUACACCAUCCUCAGGGAUCGUGAUGAACUGUGACCUAAAGGGCCCACCAGUGAUCCUGUGACUCAAUGCCAGGCCCCAGGGUCGGGGACGGGGUUAGGGUUGGGACAGGCCAGCGGGACAGUACAGUAACACCCAACACCCUUACUGAAGAUAUCAAGAUAGAGAUAAGGAGAAAAAUGAACAGGAAAAUGAUUUGAAAAGAAGAACAGCAGACAGAGGAGGAGAGUGCAUCCAGUGACACAACCAUGUCAGAAUAACCUGUAACUUUUUUCCACAUACUGUUUUUAUUUUGCGUUAAGAGGAACUGGGAUAAGGAAGAGAAAAUGUGUUUGGGAAGAGGGAUGGGGGCACUAGGACAUCAAAAGAAGUUUACUUUUUUUUUUUUUUUUGGAGCUUGUAAAUAUAUAUGUGCUACAUUGGAAUCACAAUGUUGGUCUAAAUUAAAUUCAGAGUUUUCUUUAUUUAAUUCAUUUCCUUUUCAUCGCCCUGCUUUUUGUUGGGAAAAACGAACAGAGCAGUCUCCUCAUUCCAGUCGUAAGAUUGUUAUCUUUGGGUAGUUUAGUCUGUCUAGUAGAAGAUGCUUGUUUCUUCUCACUGCCCUCAUGGCUGCAUCUCGAUACAAUCAACUUCAGUCUAAUUUGUUAUAAAAAUAGGUAUAACUACAUGAUUUUAUUUCCAUAUCAUCUCUGCACACACAAAAUGAAUAGAAAAACUCUUUGUAAAGAACAAUGGAGCAGCAAGAUUUCUAAUUGAAGCUUGAGAAAGAUAUAGUUUCAGCUACUCCAGCCUUUUGAGAUGCACCCCCUCUCUUCCAGGUUUCCAUAGAUGAUGAUGUAUUUUUAAACUGCUUAUAAACAAAUUUUAGAACCUUCAUUUUUUUUUUCUUUACAGUACUGUGCCACAGUGGAUGUAAUGAGUUUUGUUUUCUUUUUCCCCCAUCACCAAUUAAUAGAAAACACCUAAAGCCCCUGGCUCUCAGAUUACUAAAUUCUGUUUCCUUUUAAAGCACAAAACAACACCUU